UGCAGGCCGUCCCCGCCCCCUGCAGCAGGCCGCCGCGGCCCACCAAGAUGGCGAAGGUUUCGGACCUGUACGACGUGACCUGGGAAGAAAUGCGGGACAAAAUGAGAAAAUGGAGAGAAGAAAAUUAUCGAAAUAGUGAACAAAUAGUGGAAGUUGGAAAAGAAUUAAUUAGUGAAUAUGCGUCUAAGCUUGGAGAUGAUAUUUGGAUAAUAUACGAACAGGUGAUGAUCGCUGCCCUGGACUACAGUAGAGAUGAUUUGGCAUUGUUUUGUCUUCAGGAGCUGAGAAGGCAGUUCCCUGGGAGCCAUAGAGUUAAGCGCUUAACUGGCAUGAGGUUUGAAGCCAUGGAAAGAUAUGAUGAUGCUCUCCAGCUAUAUGAUAGGAUUUUACAAGAGGAUCCAACCAACACAGCUGCAAGAAAGCGUAAGAUUGCUAUUCGAAAAGCUCAGGGGAAAAAUGUGGAGGCCAUCCGAGAGCUGAAUGAGUAUCUGGAACAAUUUGUUGGGGACCAAGAAGCUUGGCAUGAACUAGCAGAACUUUACAUCAAUGAACAUGACUAUGCAAAAGCAGCCUUUUGUUUGGAGGAGCUUAUGAUGACUAAUCCACACAACCACUUAUACUGUCAACAGUUUGCAGAAGUUAAAUAUACUCAAGGUGGACUUGAAAACCUCGAAUACUCAAGAAAAUAUUUUGCCCAAGCAUUAAAACUGAACAACAGAAAUAUGAGAGCUUUGUUUGGACUUUACAUGUCAGCAAGCCAUAUUGCUUCUAACCCAAAAGCAAGUGCAAAAACAAAAAAAGAUAAUAUGAAAUACGCCAGUUGGGCAGCGAGUCAAAUAAACAGAGCCUAUCAGUUUGCAGGUCGCAGUAAGAAGGAAACCAAAUACUCUCUGAAAGCAGUGGAAGAUAUGUUGGAAACCCUGCAGAUCACUCAAUCUUAAAAUUUUACGUAUUUUCCCACUUUAGAUUUCACAAGUCCAUGAUCAACCUUAUUGCCUUGCAGAUGACAUUCUUUAAUGCCCAGUACUAUUCAAACUAAUGCUCUAUAAAUGUGGAAAUUGAAAAAGAAUAUGUUGUCUAAAUCUAAGUAUGCCAGUUGCUGCUAGCAGGAAGAAAAGUUAAACACUUACUGAAAAGAAUAAUUUCCAGGAAAGAUAAACCCAAGAAGAACCUGUUGAUUGCACAUCAGUCUCUUGAGUCUUUGUAAAGUAACUGCUUUUAAGCCAUGACAGUGUAAAAAUAAAUGAAUUUUUAAAAAUGCAGA